GGAGGAGAGAGCAGUCGUUACUGCGUACAGUGGACCCACCAGCUCUACUCAUUGGUGAAAACAAAACAAGUCUGAAAACCACUAAUUGUAAAAUUUCACGGAUAAGGAAACCUUGAAACAUGCUCGGCUGUUGUGAUUUUCUGUGGGAGAAGUGAAUCUUUUCUAACACUACCUGAAGACAGCUCGGCGGACGAUCCGCGCGUCAGAGGAGGACCGGGAUCGUACAGAGAGCAGUGAGAGUAGGGUGGCCGAUCGUAGGCUGUAAAGAAACUGUUUUUAAAUCAAAGGGAGGGGAACUGGUCUCAUCGGAUGUGUAAGGACGUGUCCCCAACACUACAGACUGUGGCUGAACUGUGAAGUGAAGAAGACGGGUUUAAAGUUGUCACAGGAGCCAUAACAGACGCACCCUGCUGACAAGAAGAUCCGCAUCUUAGUCAUUUGUGUUUUAACACGGGAGACAAGAGGAUUUGUGGACAUACAUUACGCAAAACAGGUUAAUAGUUUUUUGUCAGCUUCAAAACGAACAGAAAGGACGUUUUCUGCAGUUAAAACAAUUGUUUUUCAUUUCUUUUAUCGAGGAGGUUAAAAUGAGCAAGAAGGCGAAAUUUCCAUGACUGGGAGAAGUUGUGAUUUUUCACAUCAUCGUCAACAACUGAAGCCCUUUGCUUUAAAAAAAGAAACCCCAAAAAACCAAAGACAUCGAUGUGCUUAAGGAUCCAAAAGCCCUGGUUUUAAUUCCUUUUCUUCCGUUUUUGGUAUAACUGAAAAGAGAAAUACCUCAUAAUUUAUGAACCCUGGAAAGUCAAGAUCCCUUUUAGAACUCCCAAAGGAAAGUUAAACAUUUGCUUUUGUGUUAGACUGUGGCGUCUGCCCCUGCUUCCUCCCAGUAUUUCUAAAACAAAAAAGGUAAUAACACCUGAAUAGUUUUGCUGAGGUUACUAUUAAGCAAAGGCGUUAGGCGAUCCGUUUUUUCCAAAUAAUGAGGAUUGAGACGAUAUAAAAUCUGUUUGACAAACCAUUUUGGUGUGGAUUAUCACCGCUACAGUUACCUCAGCUUGACCUCGAGCUUCACAAAAUAGCAGAGUGCAGAAGGUUGGAACAAUGCCAGAUUCACCUGCAGAUGUGAAAACCCAGCCCAGGUCCACCCCACCUACUAUGCCUCCUCCACCCCCGGCUGUUAGCCAAGCAACCAAUCGCACUGCUUCAUUUACCCCUACCACCAGUAAAUCAAUGCUGAAUGGGAGCAGCCACUCUCCUACAUCGCUGAACGGUGCUCCGUCCACUCCAAACGGCUUCAGUAAUGGGCCUGCCAUGUCCUCGACAGCUUCACUGUCGAACCAGCAGCUCCCGCCAGCUUGUGGUGCCCGGCAGCUCUGUAAGCUGAAGCGCUUCCUGACAACACUGCAGCAGUUUGGCAAUGACAUAUCGCCUGAGAUUGGCGAGCGAGUGCGCAGUCUUGUGUUAGGGCUGGUGAACUCCACUCUCACUAUUGAAGAGUUUCACUCCAAACUUCAUGAGGCCACCAACUUCCCUCUGAGGCCGUUCGUCAUUCCCUUCCUGAAGGCAAACUUACCCCUGCUGCAGAGAGAGUUGCUCCACUGUGCCAGGUUGGCCAAACAGACUCCAGCUCAAUAUCUGGCCCAACAUGAGCAGCUUCUCCUGGACGCCAAUGCCAGCUCACCCCUUGACUCCUCCGAGAUCAUGCUGGAGAUGAAUGAGCAUGGCAAGAGAAGGACCCCUGACAGGACCAAAGACAAUUCAGAGCGAGAUGAGUUGCACUCAGAGCACCUAGCUAAGAGGCCGUGCACCAUAAGUCCCAGCCAACGGUUCAGUCCCAGCACAGGUCUUCCUGCUCACCCACCUCCUAACGGCCUUCCCACACACCCUCCCAAUGGCCUGUCCCACCCACCCAACCCUCAAGUGGGACCCCAGCACUAUCGUUUAGAAGACAUGGCCCUGGCACACCAAUACAGAGACGCUUACAGACAUAAUGAACACCGUGAUGCCCGUGACAGGCACCGGCAGACAGCAGUGCAUGGAGCUCGCCAAGAGGAGGUGAUCGACCAUCGCCUUACAGAUCGAGAGUGGGCAGAAGAAUGGAAACACCUUGAUAAUCUCCUGAACUGCAUUAUGGACAUGGUGGAGAAGACACGCCGCUCUCUGACAGUGUUGCGCCGCUGCCAGGAGGCUGAUCGGGAGGAGAUGAAUCACUGGAUUCGGCGCUACAGCGACGUGGAGGAGAUGAAAAAAGGUGGGAGCAACGGACAGCAUUGCCUUCCUCCUCCUCCUCCUCCUCUUCCUCCUUCUACUCCUCACCACAACUCCUCCUCCAACACAGCUAGCAGCAGCGAGUCACUGCCCAUAGGAACUUCCUCGGCUGCUGAAAGGCAGACAGGCAGACAGACAGAGAUUCAUCGAGACUUCUUACACAGACCUCCCUCAGGAUACCUGCCAGAAGAAAUCUGGAGGAAAGCUGGUACCACAAGCAUCCCGCUCUCCCCAGCUCUAAAGCACCUUCAAAACAAGCAGGAGGAGGCGGUGAAUGAGGUGAAACGACAGGCGAUGUCAGAGCUGCAGAAGGCAGUGUCAGAUGCUGAGAGAAAGGCUCAUGAAAUGAUUUCAGCUGAACGCUCUAAAAUGGAGAGGGCGCUGGCGGAGGCCAAGAGGCAAGCCUCCGAGGAUGCGCUAACAGUCAUCAACCAGCAGGAGGACUCCAGUGAAAGUUGCUGGAACUGUGGGAGGAAAGCCAGUGAGACCUGCAGUGGCUGCAACACGGCUCGGUACUGCGGCUCCUUCUGUCAACACAAGGACUGGGAGAAGCACCAUCAUGUCUGUGGCCAAGGCCUGCAAGGGCUGCCAGGGGGCAGUAGUGUCCCUCUAGGCACCCCAUCCUCCUCCUCCACCUCUUCAGCAUCCUCCAGUGCUCCGCCCACCCACUCGGAGAGUACUCCUCCGGGUCCCCUGUCCCUGGCAGGCCAAAGCAGUAUUGCUGGAGGGGCUGGCAGUGGCAGCGGAAGUGUCUCUGCCAGCCCCAAGGAGAGCAGUUCCAGCAGUGCCUCUCGCUCCACAACUCCAGCUACCCCUGCUCUACUGGAUGCCACAUCUCGCUGACAUCAGACCCUUCCCUGCAUACUAAUGUGCCAGUGUCUACACUCCACACAAAACCAAACUGAGGAAUCGUCAUUGGACAUUGCUCCUUUUCCUCCUCCCCUACUACAGUCCUUAUUUCCCUCUCAUCCUAAACUCCUCUGAAAAUCCUCUCAAUACCCAAUGAUAGACUGGUUCUUUCAGCUUGUCAGCUUCCCCCAAAAUACGUUUCCUGUCUUUGUCUCUUUCACAACCACAUACAAAGAUUCCAAGCUGGGGUUCAGUGUAGUGCAAAGCAUGAAUAGUGCAGUGUCUCCUAGCUGUGUAACAGAAACAUAUCAGAUGCAUUUGCGGAGAACAUGAGCUUUGACUUGAAUGUGCUCUCAGUAAUGUCAGCAUGGUAAAUACUGUCUAUGUACGACACGAGACAAGGGCUGUGGUAAGGCACCAUUGAUGGGGGGGAUGACUUGGCCAGUUAGCACUUGGAUAGGAUUUCCCUUUAAUUAAGCACCAAUGAGAGGACAGUGCCCAGCCCUGAGAUGUGCACUACCAGUCCAAACAGUUCACUGAUGAGGCACGUUUUUUUUUUGUUUUUUUUUGCUGUGACAUAACAGAGACAGGCAAGGAACAGAAUAUCUUUUUUCCAAUGGAUGAGGGAAGGAGAUAAAACUGUGAUGCAAUUAAUUCCUCAGAAACACAGCUUAGUAUUUAUUAAAUGUUUCUUUCUGGCUUUAAGGGAAAAUGAAGAAAAGUCCAAAUAUUCUAAAUAAAGAAUAAUAGUGAUGAUGAUGAUGAUGCUGACGAUGAUGAUAACAAUAAUAAUAUGAAAAUGAAUUUUAAACUGCUAACUACCUUGCUAGCGAGCCAAGAAAAUCUACACCGGACUCACCUCUCUGCACCAUUGUGAACCCAAAUGAAUUCAAAGAUGAAAAAUAACAUGAUCCAAACCUUUGUAUUACACUGCCAAAGUGAGUAAGUAAGCGAUAAGGAGAAGCACUCAUCUUAUAACCAAACGCAAAGCAACAUCACCUCCUCAGCAGAUAAGCCAGCCCUGAGAGGACCGGACUGCAGCGAAGCUGUAGAGUGGGACCCAGAGAAAGUCAGACACAAAUAAAGAUGUGACCUGCUUUGAUGUGCAGCUGCCUCCUGCAGCCUGGACAAAUACACAGCAAUUCCUCAGCGAUGGCCCAGAACUAGUGAAUAUGGACAAUGCUGUGAACUUGCCAACAAGAAAGAGUGAAUUUGGAUAGAAAUCCUGCCACAGUGUGAUUUUUGUGAAUGGUAACAGAGAGGACAGACAGAAAAAAAGAGGAAAGGAAAAGCAACACAGCCUCAAAGGACAUGAAAAUACAUACUGUACAUGGCAACAGAGCUGCCACAAACCUCAAAACAAACUUGAAAACAUUUUCCAAGAAGGCAUUGCAUACUACGGAAACGUACAGAGAGAUUGUUUUUAAGUCAUUUUUUUAAAGCUCCACCACAAGGAGAUAUUUCAAGGAAUUGCUGUUACCUUUACAUUCACUCCCUCCUUUUCCAAAGCAUGAUACCAGAUGUAAGAGCCUAGUAAAGGAUGGUGUUCUCCUUUCUCUUUCUACCUCCCCGCACCCCUCACCUCCCUUCAGUACUCCACCAACUACUUGACUCUAGUCUAUCCUUAAACCCAGUCUGCUUUGGACAGAGUGUCAGAGCAGUCACAUAUGAAGGGUUCAAACCUGCUUGUAGAUAUUGUUCCGCUUUUCAUUUUCCAAUGUCUCUUGUCACUAAUGUCCAUAUGUGCUGCCCUUGUGUAUAUCCAGAAAGAUGGACUUUGUUUUGGUUUCACUUUUCAUUUUCCUCCUUUGAGUUUGGGCUAAACAAUGAAGUCAGAGCAAGGACACUCAUUUAUGAGUGGAAGCCCCACAUUGUACUUACUGUUUGAUUUGUCGUAUCUAUAUUAAUGAGAUGAAACCCCACUUGUAGAAUAUUUUGUAUUGCUCGCAUUGUAAGACAGUGAGAGGACGGAGGUGCAAUAUGAAGAGAAUUCAGCUACUGAAUGGAACCUCAGCAACUGCCCAUAGGGUGUCAUAUAAUAUAGAUACAUAUAAAUAUAUUUAAAGUAACAUCAGUAACUUAAUGUGAAUGUACAUAGUAUUUAAAGAGGUCCAAAAAUGUGUUUGCCAAAUAACAGAAACCUUUAAAGUUAAAUGUCCAGAUAUGAUUUUUCUCACAGUACAUUUGUUUUUCAAGUUUAUCAGUACUUUCUUCACUGACUCAAGCUAAACACUUUCAGUUUUCAUUUAAAUCAAAGUAUCACGUGGGUGUGGUUCUGAGUGGAGAAGACAGUUGGUAAAAGAGGUCAUCUGGCUCCAUAAAGGACCCGAAUGCAUGUAGCUGAAAACAGAAGACAACUGAGAUUGGACUGACUUUCUGAGCAAUUAAAUUAGGGCUUAAUUUAACAACUUAAACCGUACACACCAUACUACAGCAAGAGAAUCUUUGACAACUAAUAAGAUGUUUAUAUUUGACUGAAUUAUUAUUAUUUUUUUAUUAUUAUUUUCUAUGGAUUGGGCUACUGGGGCCUGUUAUUGUCACGUGCUCUAUCCCCCUGAGGUCAGUUUACAUCCUGCAUUGGACUCAGCAGUGUGUGUUCUAACCUGUUAUUGAUUCAAAUACCCCAAAUGAGUCACUAGUAAAAAAAAAAAAAAAAGUUUUUCCACACAAAAUUUG